AUGGCAUCCAACAUUGAGCAGUUCCUGAUUGAGAUGCGUGGCUAUGCAGCUGUGACGACAGAGGCAGUCAAUGCGUUGAGCGCUGGAAGGAGAAGAGACAAUGGCCAGGAGUCCAUUGAUGCGAAGACGUUGCAACGACCUGAGGAGAAAGAGGCUCUACAGCUACUUGGUUUCCUACACCAAAGGGAGACCUUUGAGGAUAGUCAGAGCUGUACGAUCACCCAGUUUCCAGCGUUUGAAAAAGGGAAGACGCUGGAAGGACUACUUGCCUUGGAAAAGCUCAUGGAGGACUAUGAGCAGAUGAGCCAGGACAAGUUGAACAACGACUUGAAAGUGGUGACUUUGCUUCGAUGCUGCCCUCAGGUUCUCAGGCAGCACUUGGAGCCCACCAUGGGCAAGAACACGGCAUACCAGGGCAUACGUGAUUCCAUGACCACUUGCGAGCAAACGACCUCGAGCUGGACAACAACGAAGGUUCUCAAACAGGAAAGGGGCCUAAAGGAAAGGCCAAAAGAAAAGGGCAAAGAGCCCAAAGGAGGCAAGAAGGGCAAAGGAAAGGCUAAGAAUGGGCAAUCCGCGUGGGGCAAAGGCAAAGGAGAUCAGAGGAGUGGGAAAGGCCCACAGAAAGGAGAAGGAAAGGGCAAAGGAGACCUCAUCGUCUUCAAGACCACCACCGUCCACUACAUCGUCUACUCCUUCUUCAUUGUCUUCUACGUCUACAAGCUCUACUUUGAGGACGAGAGCGAGGAGGAUGAAGUUGGAGAGAUCAACACUAAGGACUGCAACGUCUGCGCUGUCUUGGAUGACAACUUCAAUGAGGACUGGCAAAAGUCCGAGGAGUUCGAGGCAAUCCUGGACCUUGGAGCAGACACUUCAGUUCUACCAGCACGACUUGGGCGCUAUGGAGAGAUAAAGGAUGAUCGAUUUCAAGCUCUUCUACGAGACGCCCAGGGAAACUUCAUCCAGAACUUUGGCAAGGUUGAAUUGACCAUGCUAGUGCAAACCAAUGAGGAGGAGACUGUUGGACUGAAGGAAAGCUUUGUCAUGGCCAAUGUCAAACAACCUUUGGUAGCAGUUGGCAAGUGGUUGAAGAGAGGCAAUUCUCUGGCGUUCAAGUUCAGCACCAAGAUCCUGGAGAUCAACUACGUUGUCAAGCUGAAGGAGGAGCUUGAGGAAGUAGCAAUAGAACAAGGCAGUUGGAUCAUGGAGGAUGGAGAAUGGCAUUGCUUGGAGUAUGCAGAGCCUCGAGAUCAUUGGAGAAAAGGCAGCCUUGGUGAGGAGAUUGACGUCCCCACAAAGGUCAUCUCUAUUUUCCAUCGUCGUGCGGUUCAACCUCAAGGUUCUGGAGGAGAUGAAGAUUUACCAUCACUUGAAAAUGUUGACCAAAGAGCUGGAAUGUUGGAGGAUGCUUCAAUGAGCGCUGAGGAUGGAAGAGAGCAAAGAGGAGGAGAAGUCCCUGAGCCAGAAGGAGGAAUUCAAGCUGAGGAGAUUGGACCCAAAGGUGUUGAAGGAGCUUUGGCAGACGAGCUUGGGGAGGACUACGGUGUGAUUAAUGGCAAGAGGAUUGAGGAGACCACUGGCCUCAGAGAGAUGAGGAAUGCCUGCCAGUUUUUGGGCAUUGGCAAAAGUGGAGGCAAGCAGAAGAUCUUCAACAGGCUGAUGGCUCAUUGCAAGAAGGGUCACUCAAGAAUGGCUCUAGAGAUAGGCCAGGGGGAGAAGGAGAAGGACAAACGAGAUCCAGAAUUUGGACCAGAUGAGGCCACCCAAGCGAGGCACCGACUCACUCACCUACCCUUUGAAAGUUGGUGUGAGUGGCAAGGAGGAGCCGAGACAGUGAGAGGCACGAGAGGAGAGAAGCUUCGAGCCCUACGAUGUCUUUCGAUUAUGUUCACCAGCACAACGGUUGGACAUCAACCGGAAAGCGACAUGCUGAAGCAUUUGGGCGGCAUUGAUAGCUGGACAAAGGCUAUCUUACGUUUGCCAAUUCCUGGCAAAGGGGGAGUCAGCUUGAAAAGAUGUGUGGCUGGGGUAACUGCCUUCACCACAGACCAUGUGGAGGUCAUACUGAAAGGAGAUGGGGAGCCAGCCAUGAGGCAGCUGCUGGAAGCUGUGCAAACUACGAGGGCAGGACUUAAGCUGCAGACCAAAUUAGAGUAUGCACCUGCCGGCCACCACCAAUCGAACCCUGCUGAAAGAACAAUUCAGACGGUACUGGGCAACACUUUGCUGGAAGGAGUGCGCAAAGGCUUGGGUAGCCAGUUGAACUCAGUUGCAUGGCUCCCAUGCUCUGAGAAGUUGGGCUUGUGCCCAUGCUGCUUGGCUGUACACCCGCGUCGAUGUCCACCCAGGAAGCCGCCAGACAGCUUUCGAGAUUGCCACGGACAGACCAUACCGCGGAAGAUUGACAGAGUUCGGUACUGCAGUCUAUGGCCAACCUCUUCCACACAAGCCGCAGCAAAGGAAAGGCAGGAUGGGUCAAAGGAGUCUUCGUUGGAAAGCUUGCAGACUGCGACCAUUCUGUCAGGGCCCAAAGUUUUGUUCCUGAGCCGAGGUAAGGAAAAGAAGGAAAGGGACCUGGAGGAGGUAAUGAAAGAAUAUGCAGAAGACGAGGAGGCGCAGACUAUUGCGAUAUUUGCACGUCAACGCGCUGCGGGCGCACUUCAUGUAAGUCAAGGACAUGCAGCAGAUGUCACUGAGGAUGGUUCAAGCGAAGGAGCGCCAGAGGAGAAGAGAGGAGGUUUGGCUGCGGAGGCAUCAGUUGUCCAACAGCAAGCUCAACAGCAUUUCAAGAGGUUGGAACCUGAAGUGACUUUGUUGGAAGAGACCCCGGCCAAAGCACUGAAGCUCACAGAUCCUGAGGAGCUGGAAAAGAUUGAUACAGAGGCUGAGACACAGGAGGUGACGAGACUGUUGCAAAUGAGAGUGCUCAUCCCAGAGGAUGAGAACAACAAGAUCGACGAGAGCUACAGAAAGCUCACCACCAAACACGUCAAGGAUUGGCGCUUCAGGGAGAACCACUGGCAGAGGAGGAGCCGGCUAGUGGCUCUAGUUCAAAGCGCCAAUGGCGAGCUGGGAAUUUGUUCAGCUGAUGUGAAAGACGCCUACCUGAUGGUGGAACAAGAUGAAAAGGUUUUUGCGACGACUAGUGAAAAGGUCUUUGUGAUGACUAGCGAUGGCACGAACUACAUCUUGGGUCGAUGCCAACCAGGUCAGAGAGUUGGAAGCAAAAGCUGGUACGACCUGUUGGCACUGGUGUUAAAGCGGAAGGGCCUAGAAGCCUACAAGGCAAACCCGUUGCUCUUCUACAAGCCCAAGAUCGACGAGAACGACAAGCCGCUGGUUGUGUCAACCCAUGUUGAUCAUCUUCAGAUCAUGGGUACAGAGAAGGAUGUCGAGGAGCUUCUACAACAUCUUCGAGAUCAAGGAUGGAAAUUACAAGUGGAUGGACCCUGUGAACCACAUGUCGCAGGACAGUGCACUUUCCUCAAGAGGAAGUUUCUUUCAGAUGGUGAAGGAGGACUUUGGAUCAAGCUCAACGACAAGCACAUCACAAAGUUGGUCGAGGCGCUCAACCUGGACAGCAACAAGGGUAAGGCGGUGCCUACUACGAACAACUUUCAGAAAGUUUGGAAUUCAACUUGCUGA